AUGAAAGUGGCCGUUAUAGGGUCCCCACCAGCGCACCAACCCUGGGACUCGAAGGGGACGGGGCCGGCGAAGCUGGUGGGCCCCCGUGAACGGUGCAACGUCGUGGACUUGUGGGCUUCCUUCGUCGGGCCCUUCCAUCUUUCAGGGCACCAGGAGGGUGCCCCCUUCGAGACUCGCCUUGCCUGUUACGGUGACGACCUCAAGAUGGGCCCAUCCAAGACUGCUUGCCAUGGGAAUCAAGGUCCCCUUCCCACCGAGAGCAAGUGCCGCCGGGCAAAAAAAAUCGCCACCCAUGAGGUUUAGCCGGGCCCAGAACAGGUACCACCUCGUGGCGUGGAAUUUCUACGAAGCGACUC